AAAUCAAAUAUAUUGUAAGCAAUGUUUGAAUUUAUUUUUAAAAAUGGAUCAUCGCAUCAUACAAAUACGCAAAUCUGAAACAAAUACAAGCAAGAAUGCAGAUGCUUUCAUUGUUAGUGAAAAAUAUCUGGAAGUUCUAAUUUCAUCGUUGGAAGUAAAAUUUCUGUAUGAAAAAUGUAAAGUUCCCAAAAUGACUAAGGAAAUGUUCAAUGAGAUAGAAGUCAAAUUAAAUAAUUUAUUUGAAAAUUUUUUAACUACUUCAACAGAAAUUGGAUUUGAUGAUAUUGUAGCUCUUGCAGUAGCUUAUUUUAAUUUAGGUAAUAUUUAUACUCACAAAGAAGUUAAUUUAAAAACUGCUGAAGAUUAUCUUAUGAAAUAUAUAGAAUUAUUGAAGGGACAAGAGCUGCACUGUAAAGUUAUUUUGACAGCUAUCCAAGCACAUAUUGACUUAAAUAUAGUUUAUAUAAAAUCACAACAGUUAGAGAAAUGUUAUCCAUUGUUAAAUGAAGCAUUAGAACUAUAUUUAAAUUAUACAAAGAACGAAGAUGAAUAUCCCGAUCCUUUUCAUAUAGAUGCCUUAUAUCGUAGUAAAGAAAUAAUAAACUCAAAAAUUCAACUAACUACAUUGCAUACAUUAACUUUAAAGGAUAAUAAAAUUUCCAAAAGGAUUAAGAAAAUGAUCAAAGCUGCUAAAUAUCAUCUUAUUAAAUGUAUAGAAUUAUUGGAAGGAGAAGAGUUGCACUAUAAAGUUAUUUUGACAGCUAUUCAAGCACGUAUUGUCUUAAAUAGGGUUUAUAUGCAAUUAAAACAGUUAGAGAAUUGUUAUCCAUUGUUAGAUGAAGCAUUAGAGCUAUAUUUAAAUUAUACAAAAGAUGAAAGUGAAUAUCCAGAUCCUUUCAAUAUAGAUCUGAAAAUAAUGAAAAACUCAAUUGAAAACCACAUGUUUAUAUUAUGGGCUGAUGCCUCAACUAAUUUAGCUCUUUACUUUUUAUAUUAUGAUCGUUUUAUGGAAGCCAAAAUUCAUCUUGCUGCUGCAAAUUAUAUGACAAUGAUGUAUGCAUCAAUUUUAACAGAUCAAGAUUAUUCAGAAACUUGUGAGGAUAUUCUGCAAUUCUCUCGUACAUCUACCAUUGAAGUUUGGGUAAUAUAUGAAAAUCAGUAUUUUUUCGGAGAUCGGUUUCUGUCUCAAGUGCAAACAAUACUUUAUAUUUCCAAAGCUUACAAAUAUUAUGCAUAUUUUGAAGGAAAUAAAAGUAAACAGGUAAAAGUAAUUAAACAACAAACAGAAAUGUUGAAGAAUUAUAUUAGUGCAUUAUCUUCAAAAUAUAGUACAUUACAAGAAUAUCAAUAUUAUAAACAUCUAUACUUUGAACUAGCAAUUACCUAUUCCACGCUCUUGAAUGUGACUAUGACAAAUGAAAUAGCCGAAGGCAUUUUAGAACGAAUUGUCAAGUUAUUUCCUUCUGAAGCUGAAGGUAUCUACUUUAUAGAUGGAAAAAAGAUCCACACUUUGAAUAAGAAAUCAAUAGCUAUGAAAGUGAGCAAUGAAGAUAUUCAAAAUGUUUUGGAUUGGUUAAAAAUUAACUAA